ACGACAUGAGUGAUCCAGAACCAUCCAGAAUGAAUCAUGAAGAUACUGAGAAACAAACAGACCAGAAAGAAGCGAAAGAGCAAAGACAAGAGCUGACUGAAGGGGAGGAGGAACACAGUGACUUCAGAACUCGAAGAUUAAAAACCAAAAAGGUGCACACCUGCUCACAUUCAGCUGAUUGUUCAUUGAUGGAAGAUUGUAAACGGCACCAGAAAACACAUAAUGAUGUGAGAGAUCAUGUGUGUCGUGAGUGUGGGAAGAGCUUUAAAAAAGCUGCCUAUCUGAAACUGCACAAAAGAAUUCACACUGGAGAAAAACCGUACAAGUGCUCAUAUUGUGACAAGAGUUUCACUCGGUCUGAACACCUGAAAAUACAUGAGCGAGUUCACACUGGAGAGAAGCCGUAUUACUGUAUUCAGUGUGGAGAGAGUUACAGAUAUAAAAGUGGUCUCAACCGUCACCUGCUCGUUCACUCUGGAGUAAAGCCAUUUACCUGUGAUCAGUGUGGUACAGAUUUUAAAUCAUCAGUACAUCUAAAAAACCACAUGAAAAUUCAAACAAAUGUGAGACCGUAUGCAUGUUCAUUUUGUGGAAAGUGUUUUUCUCGGCUGGGUCAUUGCAAACGGCACCAGAAAAUACACACCAGUGAGAAAGAUCAUGUGUGUCGUGAGUGUGGGAAGAGCUUUACUAGAGCUGAUAAUCUAAAACAGCACCAAAGAAUUCACACUGGAGAGAAACCUUACAAGUGCUCAUAUUGUGACAAGAGUUUCACUCAGUCUGGACACCCGAAAAGGCAUGAGCGAGUUCAUACUGGAGAGAAGCCGUACUACUGCAAUCCCUGUGAGAAGAGUUUCAGAUGUUUAAGAAGCCUUAAAAAUCACUUGAAAAAAUGUCACACAUCGUCACACUGAAAUCUGUGAUUGUUAAAGAUGGAGUUUAUUAAAGAGGAGAUUGAAGACAUGAGUUAUUCAGAACCAUCCAGAAACCGGAUUGAGAUGAAAGAGCAAAAACAAAAACCGAAUGAAGUGGAGGAAAAACACUGUGACUUCAAAACUCAAAGAACAAAGGCCAAAAAGCUGCACAACUGCUCACAGUGUGAAAAGAGUUUCUCACAAAAAGGAAACCUUGAAAGACACAAGAGAAUCCACACUGGAGAGAAACCAUACACAUGCUCUCAGUGUGGAAAGAGUUUUUCACAACUGGACACUUAUAAACAGCAUCAGAAAACACAUAAUGAAGUGAAAGAUCACGUGUGUUUGGAUUGUGGGAAGAGCUUCGCUAAAGUUAGCCGUUUGAAACUGCACCAAAUGAUUCACACUGGAGAAAAACCUCACAAGUGCUCAUAUUGUGACAAGAGUUUCACUCAGGCAGGAACCAUGAGAAUACAUGAGCGAGUUCACACUGGAGAGAAGCCGUAUCACUGUACUCAGUGUGGGAAGAGUUUCAGAUAUAGAACUGAUCUCAAUUAUCAUCUGCUCGUUCACUCUGGAGAAAAGCCGAUUACCGGUGAUCAGUGUGGUAAAGAUUUUCUGAAAGAACACAUGAAAAUGCAUACAAAUGAAAGGCCUUAUGCAUGUUUUUAUUGUGGAAAGUGUUUUGCUCGGCUGGGUCAUUGUAAACGGCACCAGAAAAUACAUACCGGUGAGAGAGAUCAUGUGUGUUCUGAGUGUGGGAAGAGCUUUACUACAGCUGAUCAUCUGAAACGGCACCAAAGAAUUCAUACUGGAGAAAGACCUUACAAUUGCUCAUAUUGUGACAAGAGUUUCACUGAGUCUGUAGACCUGAAAUUACAUAAGCAGAUUCAUACUGGAGAGAAGCCAUAUCACUGUACUCAGUGUGGAGAGAGUUUCAGAUAUAAAACUGAUCUCAGUUGUCAUCUGCUCGUUCACUCUGGAGAAAAGCCAUUUACCUGUGAUCAGUGUGGUAAAGAUUUUAAAUCAUCAGCAUUUCUGAAAGAACACAUGAUAAUUCAUACAAAUGUAAGACCUUAUGUAUGUUUUUAUUGUGGAAAGAGUUUUGCUCGGCUGGGUCAUUGUAAACGGCACCAGAAAAUACACACCGGUGAGAGAGAUCAUGUGUGUUCUGAGUGUCCGAAGAGCUUUACUACAGCUGACCAUCUGAAACAGCACCAAAGAGUUCACACUGGAGAAAGACCUUACAAGUGCUCAUAUUGUGACAAGAGUUUCACUCAGUCUGGAGACCUGAAAGCACAUGAGCAAGUUCAUACUGGAGAGAAGCCGUACUACUGCCCUCCCUGUGAGAAGAGCUUUAGACAUUUAAAAAGCCUUAAAAAGCACUUGAAAAAAUGUCACACAUCGUCACAGUGA